AUGGCACACUCAAAACGCAACACAUCCCUACCACACUUCACAUCCUACGAACGAGGUCUCCUCCGCGAAUCAUGGGGUAGCAAAUCCCGCGCCAUUGGCCGAGACAGCUUCCUCUCAUUCGGCAGCUGUCGACUAUGUCUACAACCCGCCCGAACACCCGUCGCAUGCAGCACGAACGGUGACCUCUUCUGCCGUGAAUGCGCAAUGAAUGAUCUCCUCGCGCAACGGAAGGAGAUCAAGCGAUUAGAGCACGAGCGUGACGAGGCACGCAAGCGGAUUGCUGAGGAUGAGGAGCGGACGCUGGAUGAAGCCCGGGCGCGGGAUCUGAGGGACUUUGAGAUGGUUUCUAUGGGACUGGAGGCUAAGGCUAGGACGGCUGGGGAGGAUAGUAAGCGGGCCAGGGCGGAGGCGUUGGAGGCUACUGGUGGGGGAGCGAAGAAGAGGAAGGUGGAGGUUGUGGAUGAUGCUCUUGAGAGGAUUGGGGGGAGGGAGGUGAUUGUUGAUGGGAAGAAGAGGAAGGUUUUCGAGCUUGGGGCUGAUGAGAUGGCCAGACUUGCGGCGGAGGAGAAGCAGAGGCUCAUGAAGGAGGUUAAGGAUGCGAAGAAUGAGUCUAAGUCUGCUUUGCCUUCUUUCUGGGUGCCUUCCUUGACGCCUGCGACGGAUGCAGAUGAAAUCACAGCGAACAAGGCGGUCAAAUUGACGCCCAUUUGCCCUGGGUCCACGGAUGAUUCCCGACAUUCGUAUUCGCUAAAGUCGCUGGUUGAGGUGCAUUUCACAGAGGAGAAGGCAUCUGAUGGAACCGUGUCGAGGGUGUGCCCGAGCUGCAAGAAGAAUCUGAGCAAUGGGCUCAAAGCAAUGCUCACAAAACCCUGUGGCCAUGUUAUCUGCUCACCAUGUGUGACCAAAUUCAUGACUCCCCACGAAAGUCAUAUCCCAGAUCCACAUGCUUCCAAGGAGGAACAGGAGAAGAAUGCGGCCUUACAUGGCGUGGUUCUGUGCUAUGUCUGCGAGGCCGACGUUACGGCGCGGCCCAAGGAGAACGGCAGUGGGACAAGCAAGAAGUCCAAGAAGAAGGACAAGGAAAAGGACACCAUCCAGCCCGGUGUUGUAGAGAUCAGCUCCGAGGGGACCGGGUUUGCAGGCAAAGGUGGGAAUAUGGGAAAGAAAGCCGGUGUGGCAUUCCAGUGCUGA